AUGGCGUCUCGGAAAACCCAGCAAGAGAUCGACAAGACCUUCAAAAAGGUCGACGAAGGAAUCCAAGCCUUCGAGGGCAUCUAUGAGAAGAUCUACUCCUCACAGAAUGCGGCGCAGAAGGACAAACUAGAAGACAACCUCAAGAAAGAGAUCAAGAAGCUACAAAGAUCUCGGGAUCAGAUCAAGACUUGGGCGGCGGGCAACGAGAUCAAAGACAAGUCUGCAUUACUCGAACAGCGGAAGCGGAUAGAGAAAUGUAUGGAAAUUUUCAAAGCCGUCGAGAAGGAGAUGAAGACCAAAGCAUUCUCAAAAGAAGGGUUAUCACAGAAUAUCAAACAAGAUCCCAAGGAGAAGGAACGGGAGGAACUCUGUGACUUCUUAUCAGAGCAGCUGGACGAAAUCAAUAGGUUUCUGAUUGAAGAACUGGAGCCGGAAGCGAACGGGUUGCAAGUCGCUCUCAAGAAAAAGCAGAGAGAUAACUCCAAGGCCGAUCGACUUGCGGAGAUUGAGAGAAUCACCGAAACAUACAAGUGGCACGAGUCCCGGCUGCAACUACUGCUCCGAUCCCUUCAGAACGGCAAUCUUGACAAUGACCUUGUAUCUGUGAUCAAGAAUGAGAUUGAAGAGGUGGUUAGAGAAGGACGUGAGCCCGACUUCGACGCCGAGGCAUACGAAGGCAUCUAUGAUGAACUCAACCUGGACAGCGAAGAGGCACAAUUCGGACUGGGCAACGAGGUGGAUCGACUAUCCUCUCAGGAUGCACAGUCUGUCCAAGAGGACAAUGAACCAGAGCCGGUUCCGGUCAAGAAGGCGAAAGCCGAGCACCCAGCCACGCGACGACCAUCUACACAGCUCAAAUCCCCUCUUCCAGCCCUGGCGACGCUGAACACGAUGCCUCCACCACCAUCAAUACCCAAAGAUACGACAAUGAAACCCGCCCCCAUACCCAAUCGACCGCCGGGAGAAACAUUGAAGUACGCAUCAGCCGCCGCUGCCGCGGCGGCAAGCGACAAGACUGGAGUCGGGAUUGCUCCCCUUCCUCCUCCAGUCGGUGCCAACUCAACCGGUGUAUCUCAUCCUCUACCGGCUCCUGUCAAGACAUCUGCGACCAGUUCUCCAGCUCCAGCGCCGGCGCAACCGGCCGAAAAGACAGCAUCCCCAGCGCCCGCUCCAGUAACGAUGGAGUCUUCAACAUCACAAGAACAAUCCAGCCACUCAAAGUCUCCUACCUUAAGUUCUACCAGUGCACGAGUUGCAAGCGUGCCCAGUAGCGUUCCUCCAACGCCGGCGAUGGAGAAAUCCGAGACGAUCCAAGAGCCUGUGAUUGCGGAUGAGUUGCCAACGGCAAAUGGUGAGGCACAUGAGGACGGCUCGACAGUGGAAUCUAUAUAUCAUCUGCCUCCGGGGCUUCAGGACCUACUUGAUUCUUUUGAAACGACCAAGAGUCGAGCUUCGCAGCCUCCUUCUCAGUUGGCUAGGCUGCUCCAAGCUUCUCAAGAAACUUGUCCGGAACCUUCCGACAGUGACAGGCCUCAACAUUACCGACCCACUUUCAAAUACAAUACUCCAGCUCAUUAUCCUCAGGAUGUUCUCCCGAUAUUUGACGAUCCUGCCCUGUACGACAACCAGAGGCUGGAAACAGAUACCCUGUUCUACAUUUUCUACUACCGGCAGAACACCUACCAGCAGUGGUUAGCAGCCCGCGCCUUGAAGAAUCAGAGUUGGCGGUUCCACAAGCAGUAUCAGACAUGGUUUCAACGCCACGAAGAGCCCAAGCAGAUUACGGAGGAAUAUGAACAGGGCACGUAUCGAUUCUUCGACUAUGAGAGUACUUGGAUGAAUCGGAGGAAGGCAGACUUCAAGUUCCUGUACAAAUUCCUCGAGGACGACUUGUAG